AUAAUUACCUAGUUAAGGAGCCAUGCGAAAAUGAGUUUUGAUGAAGCUGCCUCGGCAGUAAAUGAAAGUAUACUCAGACAUCCCACUCUAUCUCCUGGGUACCAACCGACGAGCUCAAGGUUGUUGCAGCAGGCGCCCUCCUAGCAGGGGCGUCUUCCCAGCCCGCGCCGCGCAGGCCGCCCUCGGACUCGGCAACAUCGGAGGGCCAAUCUCCUGAGCUUGAACCAUUAUUUCGAUGCUGCGCCGCACUCAAAGCCUCCUUACAGACGGUAUAGACUGGAUCCUGACUCAGCUGUUGCCGCUUCUCAAUUUCUCCGAGCUCCCGACGAUACUGCUCCAUGAUGGCCACGACCUUCCCCACCGCCUCGGCGGCAUGAUCCUUGGCCUGGUGCUCAUCCAUCACAAGCUGCAGCUUUCCCAUCUUACCCUCGAGCUCUCUGAGCUGCUCCUCGUUGGCAGCCAGCUUCUC